AUGAUUCCCACUAAACUUGAUGAUUUAUUUAAUGAUGAUGAAUACUUAAAACCAUUUAAGAAUGAAAUUGUUAGAAGAUAUAAUGCUUUUCAAGAUGGAUUAAAAGCUAUUGAUAAUUGUGGAGGUUUGGAUGAUUUUACUAAAGGAUAUAAGCAUUAUGGUAUUAUUGUUAAAGAUGACAAUUCAAUUUUUUGUCGUGAAUGGGCUCCUGGUGCUGAUGGUUUAUCUUUGGUUGGUGAUUUUAAUAAUUGGAAUAAAGAGUCACAUAAAUAUGUUAGAAAAGAUUUUGGAAAAUGGGAAUUAGAGAUAGCUCCAGAUUCAGAUGGUAAUUGUUUAAUAAAGCAUGAUUCUCAUUUAAAAAUUGUUGUUUGGAAAAAUGGAGUUCCUCAUUUUAAAUUAAGUCCAUGGGCCAAUUAUGUUAAACAAUAUGAAAAGGAGGUAGUAUUUCAUCAAAGAUUUUGGAAUCCAAAAGAAAAAUUUGAAUUUAAACAUCCUCAUCCACCAAAACCUGAAUCAUUACGAAUUUAUGAGGCUCAUGUUGGUAUUUCAAGUUAUGAAGAAAAAGUAAAUACAUACAUUGAUUUUGCAGAUAAUGUUCUUCCUCGUAUUAAAAAUCAGGGAUACAAUACUAUUCAACUUAUGGCUAUUAUGGAACAUGCUUAUUAUGCUUCAUUUGGAUAUCAAGUGACAAGUUUCUUUGCUCCUAGUAGUAGAUUUGGAACACCAGAUGAUUUAAAAUACCUCGUUGAUAAGGCUCAUUCAAUGGGUAUUACAAUGUUAUUAGAUGUUGUUCAUUCACAUGCAUCUAAAAAUAUUGAAGAUGGUUUAAAUGAAUGGGAUUGUACAAAUAGUUGUUAUUUUCAUGGAAAUGCUCGUGGAUAUCAUACUUUAUGGGAUUCUAGAUUGUUUGAUUAUACUCAAAUUGAAGUUCAAAGAUUUUUAUUAAGUAAUCUUAGAUAUUGGGUUGAGGAAUAUGGUUUUGAUGGAUUCAGAUUUGAUGGUGUAACAUCAAUGAUUUAUCAUAAUCAUGGAAUGAAUGAAAGUUUUGCUGGUGGUUAUCCAAUGUAUUUUGGUAUGAAUGUUGAUACUGAAAGUUUACUAUACAUAACAAUCGCUAAUUAUAUGCUUCAUAAAUUUUAUCCAAAAUAUAUGAUAACAAUUGCUGAAGAAGUAUCAGGAAUGCCAGCUUUAUGUAGAGAAAUUGAAGAAGGUGGACAGGGAUUUGAUUAUAGAUUGGCAAUGGCUAUACCUGAUUUAUGGAUAAAAAUUUUGAAACAUACAAGAGAUGAAGACUGGAAGAUAGGUGAAAUAGUAUUUCAAUUAGAAAAUAGAAGAUAUAAAGAAAAACAUGUUACUUAUGCUGAGUCUCAUGAUCAAGCUUUAGUAGGUGACAAAACAAUAGCAUUUUGGUUGAUGGAUAAAGAAAUGUAUACUAAUAUGUCAUGUAUUAGUGAAAAUACUCAUAUAAUUGAUAGAGGAAUUGCUCUUCAUAAAUUGAUAAGAUUAAUAACUUAUGGUCUUGGUGGAGAAGCAUGGUUAAAUUUUAUUGGAAAUGAAUUUGGGCAUCCUGAAUGGCUUGAUUUCCCUAGAGCUGGAAACAAUAGUAGUUAUAAAUAUGCUAGAAGACAAUGGAAUAUUGUUGAUGAUGAAUUGUUAAGAUAUAAAUUUUUAAACAACUGGGAUCGUUCAAUGAACCAAUUGGAAGAAUCUUUUCAUUUUCUUUCACGUGGUUAUGCUUAUGUUUCUUGGAAACAUGAUGAUGACAAAGUUGUGGCAUUUGAAAGAGCUGGACUUGUAUGGAUAAUAAAUUUCCAUCCAUCAAAAUCUUUUACCGAUUAUAAAAUUGGUGUUGAAGUUUCUGGUUGUUAUCAAAUUGCCCUCAAUAGUGAUGAAGAAAAAUAUGGUGGACACAACAGAUUGGACAUGGAUCAGAAGAUAUUUACAUUUCCAGAAGGAUAUGCUGGAAGACGAAACCAUAUUUGUGUAUAUAUUCCAUCUCGUGUUGGAAUAGUACUUAAAAAAAUUGACUAA